CCAACUACAACAACCAAAUUGACGACAACAGCAACGACUAAGGACAUGAGCUAUCGGAAUCCUAUAACGGAAUCCGAUGAGGACGAACUACUUGCCUCCAGCCAGGAGACGAGUAAGAGUACUACCGAACAUACCAAACAAAGUAUACCGGUAGAUACAGCAGUGAAAACCACAGAGGUAAGGGACGAAGCGUCCACCUCCAAGGCUGCCAUGAGCACCAACCAAAGUGCACUGGCGGCUAAAAGUGAGAACAAAAAGAAGCGCAAGAAAUCCCAAAAUCAGCUGAGGAAAAACCGGUACCAGAGGGCGGUCUUCAUACUAGGGAAGAUAGCCAAAGACCAGGCAGCCGGUACCCCAGUUGAUGAGGCUGAAACAAAGCGCCUCAAAUCCAUCGUAGAGGAAUAUGAAGGCUACCUGAAAAGGAAGCAAUCACAACCUCAAGUAGAGAACAAACUAGAGUGCACUUCUCAAAAGAGAAAUCGCUCCAUCACAGAGGUACCCGGAACUCAGCCCAAAAAACCGAGGCGGAGUGAAGGAGAACACAGCAGCACAACAACGGCAAGGCAUUUCUGCGAUGUAGCCAGGGAUAGCCUGCAAGUGGCCAUUAUAGAUGGAAAUUCCUCCUCUCCGGGCACAAUACAGGAGAGAUGGGUGGAGAUCGACGUCAGAUUGUCGAGUAUGGUGCUAAGCUAUGUACUCGACAAUCCUGCGGGUCCUCACCCGGAGUUUGACUCCUCUGAGACCCUCAGGGGCUACAGGGUCAUCAAAUGCGCGGACCAGGCCUCGCUAGAUUUCCUGACGGGUAGUGUUGCUAUAAUUAGCAACGCCUUCGUAGGCCUCCAAUUGAGGCUUAUACCCGCCAGGGACAUUCCAAAGAGACCUCGUGCUCGCAUUUGGUUACCCCCUCUAGAGGAGCCAGGCGAAAAACUCCUGAGGUGCAUUAAGCUGCAGAACAAAUCUAUACCAGGUAUAGAUGAGUGGCAGCUAAUCAAGGAGGAAAAACCUAAUAAAGCAAGUAAGCCAAUACUAGUGGCCAUUUGUGAUGAGUCCAUUGAGGCUCUGAAGAAGACUGACUACAAAAUCAGCUUCGGAAUCCGCAAGGCCAGACUAAAAAUCUUCCAAGGCGACAAAGCGGCUGACGAAGACGACACGGAAGAGGUCGACGACGCCAGCCAGUUGCUAAGGAAUGUGGGCAUCGAAGAAACCCGAGAUGCCCAAUAACAACCUUAGAUGUGUACAGAUAAACCUGCAGCACUCGAAGAGUGCUACAGCGAAUCUGACAACCCUCGUGAACGAGAGGGGCAUCGACAUCAGCCUAGUACAGGAGCCCUGGGUCAAUGAUGAUUCCAUUAAAGGGCUAAACAGCAGCAACUAUAACCUGUUUUACACACGGAACAGAGCACAGCAGAUAUCACAGUGGUAAAGGUGGAACAGAAGGAAAAGCCCUUCUUCUUGGUCUCGGCCUACUUGGCCCAUGACGAAGACUUACCUACGGCCCCGCUCGCCAGACUAGUAGAGGAGAACAGGAGGGAUGAUGUCCUAAUAGGGUGUGAUGCAAACGCAAGGCACACCGUAUGGGGUAGCUCCAAUAUAAACACCAGAGGUGAGUCACUCUUGCAGUAUAUUUUGAAUAGUAAUCUAAGUAUUUGCAACAAGGGCGAUAAGCCAACAUUUACUUUCCCAAGCUCGGAUAGGUUUCCGGGGUGGGAGGAAGUGCUUGACCUCACGCUAUCAACAGACACAGACAGUCUCGUUGUGGAU